UCCUCCGCCCGCGCCCGCCGGAGCCUGUUCGCGUCGACUGACCAGAGUCCGCGAAUUCACCGCUCCGAGCCCUUCCGCAGCCCCCCAACCCCAGCUUUCUGUCCUUUGGAAACACUAAGAAUAAUGUCUCUGCAUCAGUUUUUGCUAGAGCCAAUCACCUGCCAUGCCUGGAACAGGGAUCGGACCCAGAUUGCCCUCAGCCCCAAUAACCACGAGGUGCACAUCUACCAGAAGAACGGGGGCCAGUGGGUGAAGGCCCACGAGCUCAGGGAGCACAACGGGCACAUCACAGGGAUUGACUGGGCUCCCAAGAGCGACCGCAUUGUCACCUGUGGGGCCGACCGCAACGCCUACGUGUGGAGUCAGAAGGAUGGCGUCUGGAAGCCAACCCUGGUGAUCCUGAGGAUUAACCGAGCAGCCACUUUUGUGAAGUGGUCUCCCCUGGAGAACAAAUUUGCUGUGGGAAGUGGAGCGCGGCUCAUUUCUGUGUGUUACUUCGAGUCUGAGAACGACUGGUGGGUAAGCAAACACAUUAAAAAGCCAAUACGCUCCACAGUCCUCAGCCUGGAUUGGCAUCCAAACAAUGUUCUGCUGGCAGCGGGAUCGUGUGACUUCAAAUGCAGGGUAUUUUCUGCGUACAUCAAAGAAGUGGAUGAAAAGCCUGCCAGUACACCCUGGGGCAGCAAGAUGCCCUUUGGUCAGCUGAUGUCAGAGUUUGGUGGCAGUGGCACUGGUGGCUGGGUCCAUGGGGUCAGCUUCUCUGCCAGCGGAAGCCGCCUGGCCUGGGUCAGCCAUGACAGCACCGUAUCCGUCGCCGACGCCUCUAAAAGCGUGCAGGUCUCCACUCUGAAAACCGAGUUCCUGCCACUCCUGAGUGUGUCGUUUGUCUCCGAGAACAGCGUUGUGGCAGCUGGCCAUGACUGCUGCCCAAUGCUCUUUAACUACGAUGACCGCGGCUGCCUGACCUUUGUCUCCAAGCUGGACAUCCCAAAGCAGAGCAUCCAGCGCAACAUGUCUGCCAUGGAACGCUUCCGCAACAUGGACAAGAGGGCCACGACCGAGGACCGCAACACGGCCCUGGAGACCCUGCACCAGAACAGCAUCACUCAAGUAUCUAUUUAUGAAGUGGACAAGCAGGACUGUCGCAAAUUUUGCACAACUGGCAUCGAUGGAGCCAUGACAAUUUGGGAUUUCAAGACUUUAGAGUCUUCCAUCCAGGGCCUCCGGAUAAUGUGAAGCUGCGUGAGCUGUCGCCGUCCAG